CCCCAUUUCUUGUUUCCACUUGACGGUCAAGCGAGAGUGUUACGAUGUCGGGCAACUUGAGAAACGACGGGACGGUGACUGCUGCUGGCAGAGGCCAAGUCUGUAUCCCAACAGCCGACAAGAAUCUUCAGUUCCGCAAAAUCAAGGCGGUUGCUGCCAAUCAAGUCUGUUUUGACUGUCCGGCCACCAGACCCACAUGGGCCAGUGUCACGUUCGGUGUCUUUUUGUGCUUGGAUUGCUCUGCUACCCAUCGGUCCAUGGGGGUCCACACCACCUUUGUCCGCUCGGUGGACCUGGAUGAAUGGACUCAAAAGCAAAUAGAUGCCAUGAAGAUUGGCGGAAACAGCAAUGCGCAAUCAUUUUUCCGAAAGCAGGGAAUGAGCAACAUGCACGUAAAAAUUGAGAAAAAAUACACCAGCAAAGCCGCCAACGCUUACAAGACGGAAUUGGCAAAGCUGAUCGAGGCCGAAGCCGCCAAAAGGGGUGAAGGAAUUGCCUCCACGGAUGCGGUGGAUGGAAAUCUGUUGGCCAAUUUGGAAUUGGCAGAGAAAGGAGGACAAGCCAAUGAUGCACACGCGAAACUGGCGGCUGCUAGAUCACAACAAACGGCUGUGCCACAGGCAAAAUUAGCAUCGAGUAUGCCAGGUGCAUCCAAGCUGGUGGUCACUCCUCCCAGUAGUGGCAAUGCCCCCAAGCUUGUCUUGCGAAAACCGGCGGGCAAUUCGGGAGGACUCAACAUGAUGAAGAAAAAGCCAACUGCAGCCGGGAGUAAGCUGCGAAUCAACAAACUUUCCACUGGGCCUGCUGCCACUACCAAAGCGGACGAUGGAUUUGAUACUUUUGAUCAGAAAACCGAGCCGGAGCCUGAGAAAAAGGAGGAACCCACAACCAACGGAACUGCUGUGGCUGCCCCGGCACCCCCGCCGGUUCCAGUGGCACCUGCACCUCCUCCAAAACCGGUUCCAGCGGCAAAUGCAAAGGAGUUCACCAUGAAGGACGGGGUUGACAAGAUGAAAAUGAUGAACAGCGACUUCUUUUCAGGUUUUUGAUGGACAAAACGACGUACUACAUGUACCUGCCGGCACGAACCAUCAAUAACCACAUCACGCACUACAACAAUAGUGAUGGUUUCCAAAUUUCUUUUAAAAGCUUGCUUAGUUUAACUUUUUCUCACCGCUAAUUUUGAUGUCGUUCACUUGCGCUGGUAGACGAUUCGCACUGCUACAGCACUAUCGACCGUACCGGCACGGUAGUCUACAUACUUGGCAACCCAUGGUAGUUGAUUGAAUCAUUCGCACUCACCCGGCACCAGUGGUUGCUG